GCCGGCAGCCCGGGACCGGAGUCAGAAUUGCUUGGAUUCAACACUGCGAUUCCAACCAUGGGUUUGUCUGUAUCUACCCCUGCUGUUGCAGUUCAGACCUCAGAUGCUUCAGAUCAUCAGACAGCAGCCCCGCCUUCGGGAUGCCCAAUGCAUGAAGGGAAAAUGAAAGACCGUGCAGUGAGUGCCGAGCCAUCCGACCCAACCUGUGGGAGCAAAACGACCUCUGUGCCUGCGCACCAAGAACGCGCGUACGAGUACGUGCAGUGUCCCGUCACCGGCGCGAUGGCUGAGAAUAAGGAGAACCUAGAUCCUUCUAACCUGAUGCCACCACCUAAUCAGACGCCGGCCCCCGAUCAGCCGUUUGCACUAUCUACUGUGAGACAGGAGUCAUCUAUUCCAAGGGCAGAUUCAGAUAAAAAGUGGGUUUAUCCUUCCGAACAGAUGUUCUGGAAUGCGAUGUUAAGGAAAGGGUGGACAUGGAAGGAUGAGGAUAUUAGUCAGAAAGACAUGUAUAAUAUCAUUAGAAUUCACAACCAGAACAACGAGCAGGCCUGGAAGGAAAUUUUGAAGUGGGAAGCCCUUCACGCCGCGGAGUGUCCUUGUGGUCCGUCACUGAUCCGGUUUGGAGGGAAAGCGAAAGAGUAUUCACCAAGGGCAAGAAUUCGUUCCUGGAUGGGGUACGAGCUGCCUUUUGACAGGCACGACUGGAUCGUCAACCGUUGCGGGACAGAAGUCAGAUACGUCAUUGACUACUACGAUGGUGGCGAGGUCAACCACGACUACCAGUUCACCAUCCUGGACGUCCGGCCGGCUCUGGAUUCGCUCUCGGCCGUGUGGGACCGGGUGAAGGUCUCCUGGUGGCGCUGGACUUCCUAACCACUGCUUUGUCAGACAUGGGAAUAUAUAAACUUUUUUUUUUUUUUCUGAGCAAUACAUUAAACUACUUUCCCCAAA